UAAAAUAAUUUUAAGUUAAGAUUUUUAUUUAAUAAAAAGUUAUACCUAAGUUAAAUGAGAGUUCUUAUUCCAUGUACAUAUAUGCCUACUGGCAAAGGGCCAAUGCAUUUUUCAUCGUAUCACAAAGAUUUGAAAUGCACUGACUAAUUACCGACUGUAAUUAUGGAAUUUGAUUUCUGCACAAGACAAAUUAACUCACUACUAUUGCAAAAAAAAAUGCACUUUGACUCAGACUCAGUGGACGAAAUUAGUUUCACUUGAGUCACUUUUUCACUUGUUUCAGUUUCAAUGCUCUUGAAAGUCUACAAUAGAAUUUUUGGUUUCUUUUUUCAAAAUACAUACAUAAAUAAGUUGUGAAACACGAAACAAAAUCUUUAGUGCAAAAAAUAUAAAAAUACUUCAAAUAAAAAAACCAAGAUGCAUAAGGUUUCAAAGAGUACAAAAUGUUGUCCUACAUUUGAUAAACUGCCCGAAAACAUAACUUGUUUUUUGCCGGGUAUAAGCAAGAGUUGGCAACGACUAGUGGAGCGCCACAAAAAUAUGUUCACGAAACGCAAGCGAAUACUGCGGAUGGCUCAGCGGACAAGGCACUUGAGGGGAGAAUUCAUACCAAAAUGUCCAUGUAAAUAUAAAAAGCCAAUUGAAUUUGUGCGAGAAACACCCAUGCGAACACGCACUGAACAAUUAGCCCUGCCGGGUGUGCGAAAGCUGCUUUUGUUCAAGAAUAGAGUGAAGGAUUUUUUUGAACCUUUAAGAAUAUUGGGGAUAAAUCGAUUAAUACGUCUAAGCCUGUUUUCUGUGUAUAGUCGCUUGAGUAAUAUACAACCGCCUCAGAAAAAAAUUCCAAUACAUAAAUGGGAUGACACUGAAUGGAAGAAUCACACGAAAUAUCUUCAAAAAUUGGCGAAGCCUAAAAAAGAACCCAAACAGCCUAAACUACCAGUUAAAAAAAAGAAACCUGAAGAGAUGGGCCGAAUUAAACUGCUGGCACUACCGAAAACCCGUGAAGAACCAACAAAAGAACCUUGGUUGCUUACUCCAGGAAUGAAAUUUUACAAGCCCACGGAACGAAUACUGAAAAUCGCGCAACCAAAAAUGUUUGAUGAGUCUGCGAUUAUUCAAAGUUUGCCCAUACCGGUUAAUCCUGCUGCUUUAACGCAUAAAGCUACAAAACGUACUAAAGAGUUGGCUACUGCCCGCGAGAAAGGUGUAGCCGAAUCAGACCUCAAGGAGAAUCCUUUCUCAAUAUCACCGAAUGCACUGAAAGCGCGCGCUACUGCACGCAUCAAGGAGUUAGCAGAACCAAAGGAAUUUGACAAUGCUCAUAUUCGGGAAAAUCCAUUCGCAAUCUCUCCGGCUGCACUCAAAGCCAAGGCAUCACCUAGGAUUAUUGAACUGGCACGACCAAAAGGCAGUUAACUUGUUUUAGUUCCUUGUGAAAUU